CGGGAGAUCUUUCCUCGUUUUAUUUUCGUAUUUUAUCGGAAAAAAAAACACCUGCGAACUUUCCGCUUGCUCCACCGAAUAUAUAAGAAGAAUCGAGAGGUGACUCGAAUAGUGACGGAAAGAUGGGAGCUCUAGCGGGCGUUACCUGGCUGUUUCUUUUUGCUUUCUUGCGUUGGCCGCGCGUGGAAGGCGAGUGCAACUCCACAUUGAAUGGAUCUGGAUACAUCUACUCCCCCAAUUACCCCGACAACUACAACAACGAUGAUUACUGCUGGUACCGAAUUGAAGUUCCAGAAGAAGGUUACACUUCCAUCGACUUUCGGGAUUUCGAUCUCGAGUGGAGUACGACUUGCCAAUUUGACAGUCUUGCUAUAGCGAAAUAUUCAAACAGGCAAACGGAGGUCAGAUGUGGAAGAUUUGACUAUUUAUAUGAAGGCAGCGAAACAUCUUUCUAUGAAAUCAAUUUUAAGACAGACGGAUCCGUCACCUCCAAAGGGUUCUUCGCCGAGGUCUUGACCAUGAUGCCGCUGAAAUGCGACAAAGGCUGGACGGAGUUCCAGCUCGGAUGCUACCGGUUCGUGGACGAGAGGAAAACCGCACUGGAAGCGCAAUCGGCAUGCGAGGACGUCGGGGCCGACCUUGCCAGCAUCCACGGCGACAAGGAGUUCCAGUUCAUUUGGGAACAUGCUUCGUCGUCGCCUCUGUGGAUCGGGCUCCGUGCACAGGACUCACGACGGAAAUGGAUCGACGGAACCUCCUACGACUACAAGAUCUCCAACCUCGACUUCAGUCCUGACGACGGAUUCGCUUACAUCUGGACAGAUGAGUGGGUGAAGGAGAACUGCGCGAGCACUAAACAAGGUCCUCCUCGCGAGAGGAAAGACUGCGUCUACGCUUCCCUCCAUUCCAAGGGAGGCCUUCCCGACGAGGUACGAUUUCCGUUCGUGUGCAAGAAAGACCGUCCGACAACUAUCUUUAAAGGGGAUUGAGAUAGAGGGUGGUUUGGCAAUCACAGAAGUGUCUGAGUCAUCUUUAAAAGCUUCAAUAAAGAUGAUAAGGAAAGAAA